UGCAAAGAAAUGGCGUACAUUCCUUUGGAUGAGGACAUGAAGGUCAAAGGUAAGGCAGCAAUAGAUGUGGUAUGCAACCCACUGGGAAAAUCUGGAGGCGCCUUGAUCCAGCAGUUCAUGAUCUUGUCAUUUGGGUCUCUUGCCAACUCAACGCCGUACCUUGGAGGAAUAUUGCUGGUGAUUGUCAUCGCGUGGUUGGGCGCUGUAAGGUCCCUUGACUCGCAGUUCUCUCCCCUGGCAAAGCAAGACCUGGAGAGGGAACAGAAGCUGAAAGCAGAGGCGGUAGAAACGACGGCUCAAGUCGUUGGGACAGGGAACGGUUCCCUUCAAGAAAAUGUUGCUUCCACAAACGGUACGGUCAUCAAACAGUCGCAAGAACCCGAGAUCACUGCCCCUGAAAAAUCUGGCAAGCAGUCUUAAUAAGUUUCCACCCCCAGAAAUUUAGUUAGUACCGAGUUUUUGAUGGAACCAAAUGUUGCUUGGUUGGGCCUGCCAUGGGGAGCUGCUGGGAAAGGCAGUAGAGUGAUUGAUAAGAAAAAUAAGAUGGCCUGUUCUUCUGUUGUUGUAGCAUAUUUUUGACUUCAUGCAAGUAUCUAUAGCUGUUUACUGGGAGUAUCUGUAGCUGUUUGGUUUGUCGCUCCGUAGAUAUGAAACUAUUUUUCUUGAUUUUUUUAUAUUACAAUUUUGCGGAAAAUCUGCUUUCACA